AUGGCCGACAUUUCGACCAACCCGUUCCGCAGGAAGAGCGCAGCUGCCGCCACCUCCGACCGCCCCUCCAUCCCCAAGGCCACAUCCUCUGCCGCCUUUCUGCAGUCCAUCACCACCUCCACCGACAGCGAUGGCACUGCGACGCCGCCCCUCAAGCAAAAGGUCGUCAAGAGAGUCCGCGUGCAGUCGCCGCCCCCGUCCCCUGGCGCCGUGCCCAGUCCUCCUGUGAUCCCUGGCUACAGCAACGAUGACUAUGACGACCCGGACCCUUUUGAGAGUCGCUUUCCCGCCAACCCCGACAACAUGGGCGCUCUACCCGAGGCGGCGCCGCUCGUCGCCGCCAACCGCAGCGCUGAGACGACGUUUGAAGACAAGACCGAUCACGAUGUUGCCCACGAUCUCGAAGCCGUCACAACGGCAUCGGCACCUGGCAAGGGCGGCCUCGAUGUCAGCGCCUUUCAGAGACUGCUGCUGACAGGGCAGUCGGGAUCAGAAGCUACCGUGCCCCCCACAGCGCCGUUGCAAAACGACAAUGCGCCAGCCGCGAUCUCAGUUGAAAGAUUAAAUGAGGCGGGGCACGAGGACGUCCGGUCUACAACACCAACAUCGCAACGAGGCACGCCCGUGCCGCCGGGACCUCGCCGACCCCCACCUCCACCGAGCUCUCGGCACGGCAAGUCGAUCAAGCCGCAACAUAUAGAGGAAGUCUCGGGAGCACAACCAUCGUCCUCGACAUCGUCCCUCGCCUCGCCCAAGCCGAGGUCUCCGUCUGAUGUUGAAAGGCCGGUUCCCCCGGCACCGCGACACCGCGUGGCCGAUGACACAGAAGACACGAUCGCUCGGGAGGCGGCAGCAAGGUUGCCCGAGCACGAAGAGCCACUGCACAGCCCAGAGCCAAUCCCAGCAUCUGGAAAGAAGCCCACCCCUGCACCGCCGCCCAGACGAGGCCAUGCUCGGGCAGAGAGCAAGCAACUGUCUGCGUCGAAUGCUGUGCUAGCACAUGACGACGAGCCGCAACCGCGAUCGUCAGUCGAUUCGCAGCGGUCGCGAUCGGAGAGCACGAGAAACAAAGAUGUGCCCGCACCGCCGCCAUCAAGGCGACCCGUGACCGUGUCGCGGACAUCCGCCUCAUCUACUUCCCUUGCCACAUCGGCAAGCCCAUUCACCGACGCGGAGCCCACGUCGUCUGGGACACCUGUGUCCCUACACGUCGGGGCGCACGAGCAAACCCCCAAAUCAUCCCCGCCGCCGCCUCCUCCGGCGCGGAAGGCGUCUACACGGAGGCCGCAGCCGCGGAACGCCGAAACAACUAGCAGACGAGUCGUGAGCGGAGAAAAGGAGAACACCAUUGCGCCUCCACCGCCGCCGCCCCGACAGAGAGGCAGCAGCAAGGGCAGUGUCGAUGCGCCGGGAGCAUCGCAGCGGACGAGCCUUGACAGCACGCGGGUUUUCACGCCGCCAGCUCAUAACCAUGUAGCGGAAGAUGCGGGGCAGGAAGGCCUCAGGGAGGGUCAGAACAUCCUCGCGGACCUGGACGCCCUGCAGAGAGAAGUAGAUGCACUGAGGGGCCAGUAUCGGGGAGAUUGA